AUGAAGAUCCCAGUAAAAGUCAUUUUGCUACUUACAGUGAAUGAGUUCAGCAAAAACGGUUGGUCAGUUUCUCCAUCUGCACCAGUGUCUUCUGUGUACACAAUUACAUCAUUCGAAAUAUCUAGUGUUUCUCUUCAACUUGAGUGGGAACGACCACAGAGUGAUGGUGGUUUGGGAAUAUCAAAUUACACAACUACACUCAGAGGGACAUCUUCCCAACACAUAUAUAAUGAAAUGGGAUACAAGUUGUUUUUUAAACUUCUUUACAUGGAGCACUACAGUUUACAACUUUACGCUGCAAACUGUGCAGGUUAUAGCCCACCUGUCAAUAUCAGUAUUGAAGAUAUAGCAGCCGAUACCAGUUAUCAGGAAUUGCAAGAUAUUGUGCAUACUGGCAAGCACUCCCCUACUACCACCACACGCCCACAUUGA